CAAGUAAAUUAUUCUGUGCAUCGCAUCACACCGUCUCUCCACCUUGAGCAGUCCGAAAUUCGCCGGAAAAUAUGACGACAUACGGCACAAUUCCGACGUCUUCCUCCGGCGGCGCGAGCUUGCAGUACAUCUCCCGCACGAAGGAGCGGAUAAAGGAGGGGCUAGGUUUGCGGCGGCCAUGGCGAGAGAUGUUCAACAUCCACUCUAUCGGCCUGCCCCCGAACUUCCACGACGCCGUUUCGCGGAUCAAAACGAACCUCGCCUACUUCCGGAUGAACUACGCCAUCAUAGUCCUCGGUAUUCUCUUCCUCAGCCUCCUCUGGCACCCGAUCUCGCUCAUCGUCUUCGUCGUCCUCAUGGCGGCGUGGCUCUUCCUCUACUUCCUCCGCGACGAGCCGCUGAUCAUCGUUGGCCGCUUGAUUAACGACCGCGUGGUGCUGAUUGUUCUCUCCAUCGCUACAAUCGUUCUGCUCCUCUUCACAAACGCCACCGGCAAUAUCCUCAUUUCGCUGCUUAUCGGAGCCGUGGUUGUUUUGGUCCACGGUGCUUUCAGGAAGACCGAUGAUUUGUUCGCCGAUGAGGAAUCCGGCGCUUUCUUAGCCGGCCACGCUCCACCUGCUCCGUCGUCUUAGUGUGCUGUAUGCUGUAUUCCAAACCAUUUGACAGCUUCAUCCAGAAGAUGGAAAGUGACAAGAUGAAGAUGACAACACCAUGAAUGUGUGAUGUCUUCUCAUAAUAUGGUCAUUUGACAUAUUUCAACUUUUUUUUUAUUUGAACAUUUUGCUUCAGCCCACAGUCUGUUUAACGUGGGCUGUUGCAGUUGGUAUAAUUGAACCACUAGAAGCUUUUUCUUCUUUCUA